AUGUGCUGGAUGAUUUGGUGUCGCGCAGACUGCGGCCUUGACCUCGAUGCCCAAGACAUGAGCAAGGGGGACACGGCGCAGGACGAAUGCGAGAUCGAUCCCAAGGAAAACUUCGUUCAACACCACGCCGAGUCCGGCACCUUCAACGAGUCAGCGGGCCCCGCGGAUGAAGAAGGUGUUGUCGAUGACAUCUCCCUCGAUCCCGUUAACCGACGUUGUGGCGUGGCGGUCAAGCUCCAGUACCUGUACGGAAAGUUCAAAGAGGGUCUGAACGCGUUCAUGUCCGCGCUCGCCGAAGGUUUCCUCGAUGUUCUUGAGAAAGGCAGUGAUGGACCCCUGAAGAACGCAGCGAACGCGGUUCGUGCCUGCCUCGCUGAUGGAGGCACGCAAUACAUCCCGGCCAUCAGCGAGAUCUGCAAGCUCAUCACGGGGCGCAAACUCAAGCUUGCGAAAGCAUUGUUCUUCAUGCUUGCCAUCCCCGUAACAUUCGCCUCAGAGGCACUUCUAGGGAAAUAG